CGGUCCCCGGGGCUGCCCGGCCGAGCUCCGCCGAGCACAUUCCGAGAGUAGCCGAGUGCUGAGCUAGCGCUGCUGAGGGGCGUGCCGAGCGUUAUCCGGGAGCUGCCCGUGAGCCGACCGAGGGUGCCCGAAUUCUCUCCGAGUGUUGCCGAGGGUUCCCGAGCGUUGCCCGAGCUUUGCCGAACUAGGCCCGAGUCUUGCCGAACUCUGGCCGAGCGCUGCCGAUCCCCACCGAGCGGCUGAAGGGAGCCGGGCCUGCAGUGGUGCCGGACGGCGAGCGCGGCCUGUGCGGGUGGUGAGUGGGCCCGAGGCGGGAGCCGCGGAAAGUUUGCGGCCCUAUGUCCCCGGUGUGCAGCAGGAUUGUCCAAGCCAUGAUCGAAGUGUUGGCCAAGCUGGGCCGUGGGCCCGUGUUCCUGGCAGGGGAGGUGCUGGAAUGUGUGAUCACCUUCACCAACCCAUUAUCGGCUUCAUCGACCUCUGCCAGCAGUGAGAUGCUGGCAUGGGCCAGCGCCCAGAUCCAUUGCCAGUUUCAUGCCAGCGAGAACCGGGUGGCACUCCCUCCCUCUGAUGGCAGCAAGCACGAUGUGCAGGCAGAGAAUGAGACCGUCUUUGUCCCCAACAGAGGAGAGCGGGGUCAGUGUAUCCUGUCCACCCCACCAAAGAUCCUCUUCUGUGACUUGCGACUGGAUCCUGGGGAGUCCAAGUCCUAUUCAUACUGUGAGACACUGCCUGUCGAUGCCCCCCCCUCUUUCCGGGGACAGUCCGUGAAGUACGUGUACAAGCUGACUGUUGGCUGCCAGCGCGUCAACUCCCCCAUCAAGCUCCUGCGCGUGCCCUUCCGUGUCCUCGUGCUGCACGGGCUCAAGGAUUACCAGUUCCCACAGGAUGAGGCUGUUGCACCCUCAAACCCCUUCCUGGAGGAGGAGGAGGGCUUGAAGAAAGACUCUCGCCUGGCAGACCUAGCGACAGAACUGCUCAUGGUGGCCACCUCCCGACGCAGCCUGCACCUGUAUAACAUCAGCAACACUCGUGGGAAGGUGGGGACGUUCUGCAUCUUUAAGACUGUGUAUAAGAUUGGAGAGGAUGUCAUUGGCACCUUCAAGUUCUCAGAAGGAGAUAUCCCCUGUCUGCAGUUCUCAGUGAGCCUGCAGACAGAGGAGAGCAUCCAGGAGGAGUUCCAGCGCCGGCGGGGGCAGCCUGUCUCCUUCACCGUGCACGCCCGCCAUCAGGAGUCCUGCCUGCACACGACACAGAGCAGCUUCAGCCUGCCCAUCCCACUCAGCUCAACCCCAGGAUUCACCACCAACAUCGUGUCCCUGAAGUGGAGGCUGCACUUUGAGUUUGUGACUUCUGGGGAGUCAGCAGCGACUUGCUUGGUUCUUGGGAGCCAAUCGGAGGCUGUCACCUGGACUGGGGUGGAGCAGAUGGAAGUGGAUACCUUCAGCUGGGACUUGCCCAUCAAAGUUCUUCCCACCAACCCCAUCCUGGCUUCCUACGUAUCUCAGUUCUCCAGCACUAACUCCAUCACCAUCUGAUGUAGGGAGAGGUUGGCUUGCAGAGAUGCAAGCAUGUGCCACUGGUGGGAAUGGCAGGCAGGACUGUCACCAAUGUGCUGUGGUGCACGCAUCCAGUGUCCCCUUGGAUUCAUCUGUGAUGCCCAGGUGGGCAUCAGGCAUGUCUGUCCGUCCAUGGGUGGAAAAACACUGCUUGAUGCAGUGUCUUGGGCUGCAGGCCCCAGCUGCAGCUGGAGCCUUCCUGCCCGGGUGAAGGUGCAGGUCCCAGCACUUAGCAAAAAGGAAUUUGCCUUCCCAGGGAACUGCUGAUGUGCCUUAAUCUCAUAUGGGACUUCCAAGAAGGAAGGACCCAGCCCAGGGAGGGGAGAGGGGACCUCUUCCAGUAAAGCUUUAUACCACCCUUGGGUGAUGGCUGUGCCCUUACAGAGACCCUACAAGCAGAGGUCUGGCAUCCAGGUGAAACACAGUGGCCACCUGGGCUGGGUGAGACCUGGCAUGUGUCCUGCCUCUUGGAGAGUUGUCCUACACAUACAGUCCAGUGGCCCAGUCACCCCCACCUGGAGGAGGCAGGUCAUGGCAGGCCAGCCCUGUGCUGCUGGCAUGUGCUGGUGAGCAGGAUGCAGGCCUGUGGUGUGCCAGUACAAUCGCGAUGAUCCAAAACUGAGCCGCACUGAGCCCCUGGGCUCCUGGUGGGAAAGCAUCCUGGUGGUCUUUGGAUCCUUGGGGUGCUGUAAGGAAUGCAUGCUGUGCAUCCAAGAGCAUCUCCCCGAGCAACGGCAACUCCCCAUUUUUACAGAACUUUCCAGUGAGCUUUCCUCUUUGCAUGGAAAUGUAAUAAACAUCUGAAUGUGUGAAA